UUCCCACUAGCAGAUGAACAUGGCAUAAAGCCAGCCAGCCACAUCAACGUAGUUCUGACAACAAGUCGUCGACUGCUUGCACUUUUGGAUGUAUUUUUUACUAGCUAAAUCCACAGAUGAAUAGCCUGUCGUAACACCAAAGACAUUGUUUUACAACUAUAAAUUAAUGUUAAAACAUCAAGAUCGAUGUCAUGGAAUAGUCAGUCGUCUGUUGUUUUGAAGUAGCUAGCCUAGCGUUAAGGCUGGGUGUGUAAUGUCAGCUAGCUACGACGGCUUUAGCAGUUAGCUACGUUUUUCAAAGGAAAAGCGGUUGCUACCGUUAACUAGCGAAUAAUAAACCGCAUACUGGGUUGCCUGACGUUAGUUCGCUAGGCUAGUUAUCUAAAACGUUAAUCGGUUGGUUUUCUGUUAUUCCUUUGGAUGCGGAAGAUGGCCCAGUCACCGGUUGCGGUGCAAGUGCCUGGGAUGCAGAACAGCCGGACGGACCCUGAGGAGCUGUUCACCAAGCUGGAGCGUAUUGGGAAGGGCUCCUUCGGCGAGGUGUUCAAGGGCAUCGACAACCGUACCCAGAAUGUGGUGGCCAUCAAGACCAUAGACCUGGAGGAGGCUGAGGAUGAGAUGGAAGACAUCCAGCAGGAGAUCACCGUGCUCAGCCAGUGUGACAGCCCCUACGUCACCAAGUACUACGGCUCCUACCUCAAGGGCAGUAAACUAUGGAUCAUUAUGGAGUACCUUGGUGGUGGCUCAGCUCUGGACCUGCUGCGAGCAGGGGCAUUUGACGAGUUUCAGAUUGCGACCAUGCUGAAGGAGAUCUUGAAGGGUCUGGACUACCUCCACUCUGAGAGGAAGAUUCACAGGGACAUCAAAGCGGCCAACGUGCUCCUGUCCGAGUGUGGCGAAGUGAAGUUGGCAGACUUUGGCGUGGCGGGCCAGCUGACAGACACCCAGAUCAAACGGGAGACGUUCGUGGGCACGCCAUUCUGGAUGGCCCCUGAGGUCAUCCAACAGUCUGCCUAUGACUCCAAGGCUGAUAUUUGGUCUCUGGGCAUCACUGCCAUCGAGCUGGCCAAGGGUGAGCCUCCCAACUCAGACAUGCACCCCAUGCGGGUCCUCUUCCUCAUACCAAAGAACACCCCACCCACCCUCAGUGGAGACUUCUCCAAGACCUUCAAAGAGUUUAUAGACUCCUGCCUCAACAAAGACCCUUCAUUUAGGCCAACAGCUAAGGAGCUUCUGAAGCACAAGUUCAUAGUGAAGAAUGCCAAGAAGACGUCCUACCUCACUGAGCUGAUAGACCGGUUGAAACGCUGGAAAGCUGAGGGACACAGUGACGGAGACUCCAGCUCUGAAGACUCUGACUCGGAGUCCAGCAACAAGGAGAAUGACUCCUCCCAGCCAGGCUGGUCCUUUACUACUGUUCGCAAGAAGAAAGACCCAAAUAAUGUGUCCAAUGGAACGGACCAAGGCCUCCUGAAGUCUGGCAGCUUGACCACACUGAUCGCCCCGGUAUUCACUGAGCUGCAGCGCAGGGAUGGACAGAUGAAGGGAGGGAUAGAGGAGCUGGAGAAAAACCUCCACAUGGCUGAGGACAUCUGCCCUGGAGUCACAGACAAGAUGGUCAACCGGAUCAUCGACAAGUUCCAGAGAUUUUCUGUGAGUUAGUGGCAUGUGGAGGGCAGGUUUAGACGCUUGAUGAGGACCACGCCUCCAGAGUGCAUCAUCCGCCUCUAUGCCUUUUCCCACCAUCCUCCAUGCCUCUCCUCUGAUCAGCCCCCACCAGGACCAUUGGAUGCAGGGAAAGAGGGAGGACUCCUGCUGUGCACACUCACUGAUCUUAUAACCAAAAAUGUUAUUUUUGAUUUGUAUAUUUGUUGAAAUAUGUUUAUGCUAUUUUAUUUAACCCCUUUUAAAAGUAGGCUCAAGCGUGUUACUGUUAUUAGUCAAUAGUAUUGUCAUAUUUUAAGUCUUUUUUUUUAUUAUAAGGACGUAACAUCAAUCUUCUGCUGAGCAUAAGACGUCUACUUAAGUCAGAUAUUAAGGAUAGUUUAGUUUUCAAUUUUGAGUUCAUUUUUUUUACUGCUACUAAAAAUGUUUAAGUAGCUAUAUUGUAGAUGUUCAGUGUACUGCACUUGUUUCUGAUGUCUAGCUUACCAUCUUCAUGUCACUUGUAGCAUUUAGAAACCUGCUGUUUGGAGAACUGCAUAUCUAGUCAAACCACAGGAGUUCAAUACCUCUGCUGAGAGCAGUCCGUGGGUGGGGGGAAAGGCUCAGACCAGUGGAUGUCUGUAAACGGAAACUUCUGUUCGGUGACGAUUCGAAAGGGGGUCACUUGUUUUGGGCAUUAGGAAAGACUGUAUCGGAAAUGGGAAGACUUUGCUGUGCAAAAGAUACAAAUCAUAUCUAUCUUGGGGGAUCUUAGCCCGAGAAGGGCAAUCCUAUUGGAGGUUUUGGAGAUCUACUUCUGAAGGAAAUAUGCACUGCACACACUUUGAUGGGGGUGCAGCUUUUUCUAAAUAUGCUUGCUAGUUUAUUUCCCUACUUAGACUAGAUCUCAAGGGAGAUGGGGUACUUUUCUGUCUUAAAGACACUAUGCUCUCCCUCUACCAAAAAUACUUGACAAGUGCUCAAGUGAAAUGGCAAUGUCGGUAUUGUAAUGUUUGAAACAUUGGUCUGAGUCCUUGAGUACUCUACGGGGAGUGGCGUCCUUUUGAACAAAUCCCAAAUAAAGAUUUUCUUGAGAAUGUUAUCAGCCAAGCUCAGACACAUACAUACAUACAUACAUACAAAAGGGUGCCAUCUUUGGUGUGGUGGUGACAGAGCCCCUUUUGGAAGGGAGGAAGUAUGCCAACUUAACAUCCAAUGGUGCCUAAUACUUAAUUGUAGUGAUAUUCUCUAUUUAAUUGUGGUCAUGUAUCAUCGAAUGCAUUAAAUAGUAAUAAUACGUUUGUGAAGGCAAUAAUGCAUUUGAUCAUUGCAUAUUUUUGUAUUUCCUCAUCAAUUACAUGCAGAUGGAAAACCAGAUUCUUUUUAUAUUUCUGUAUCUGACCUUUAUAAACUGUUGACUUAGCUUUACAGGAAGCUGUCAAAUGUAUAUAUUGGAUAGUCUUUGCUUCAAUCGUUGCAAAAUUCAUUUUGGUUUGGUUUUGAAAAUAAAUAUUUAAAUUAUGAA